AUGUCCGGCGUCAUUCGCUCGACCGCCCUCAGGGCCGGCGGUGCCUGCGUUCGCUGCCGCAAAGGCAAGACAAAGUGCGUCUACGAUCGCGGCCCCGGCAACCCGUGCAAAAAUUGCUCCAAAGGCAUGCAUGACUGCUAUCUUCCAUCCGAGAGCGCUGCGCAUCACAACGGCCAGAGUCCUGCUCGUCACGCCACCCAGUCUCGCCCAUCGCGCGAGAGUCUCCCGGCCUCCGGGCCCGGGUCCUCUGACACCAGGCAAGCCGUUGUGGGCUCUAGCGGCCCCAGGCAUUCCCAGGGCAGCUCCGAAAAAUUGACUCCAGAGCUUGUUGCCGAGUGUGAGCGCGUCGUCUCCAAGACCUUCCCGGCUUGUGUCGCCUUUCACAAACCUACUUUUCUUCAGCAGCUCAAGAAUGCUUCUCUCGAGUCUACCCUCGUCUACGGUCUCCUGGCUUGUGCAUCCAGGAGCUCUCCCAGCCUGAUCCGCCGUCAUGGCACCUCUACUCAGGCUGCCGAGAUGUAUGCCGCCAAGGCCAUGACCCUCAUCAACGGCAAUCUUGAUCAUCCCAACAUGGCCGAUAUACAGGCCCUUUGCCUCCUCAUUAUUCAUGAAUGGGGUUCGCGCAAUGCUGUCCGAGCUUACAUCUAUCUUGGCCAGGCCGCACGCAUGCUGCAAAUGUACCGCGUUCUCAACAGUCACCACGCUGGCGGGAGUGCUGAUCAGUGGCUGCGUGAUGAGAGCUGCCGUCGAACCCUCUGGCUGAUUUACAUCCUCGACUGCCUUCUUACCAGCACCCCUGGCCGCUUCCCCGCCUUGACUGCCCAGGAUACUGCGACCGUCUCUCUGCCUUGCUCGGACAUUAACUUUGCCUUUGGUAACACCGUCUACAUCAAGUCGCUGGUCCAAUACUUGAACCCAGGCACCCUCUCCCCCCCCAGCUAUGGAAACACAGCUGAGAUUGGCGAGUAUGGUUAUAUCGUCAUUGCCGCCACUCUUUGGCGUGACGUCGUCGGUAUGCUCACCACCAGCCCUCUUCACAGCUACGACGAGGAGGACUGCGCCCGUCUCAUUGGCAAGAUUGAGGAUCUGCGUACCACGCUGCCCAUGCAGUACGUCGACAAGCCUGGUCAGAUCAACCUGCACAUGACCAUGGGCUCAGGCUACACGUUUGCCAUGCUGCACUGCCUCUUGCACUGCGCGACCAUCUUUGUUCACCGAAGACGGCUGCUGCAGGACGUCUUCGCCCACAACUUCAACGUUGACACUUACCGCGCGAGCAGCCGCGGUCACGAAAUCAUUGAUAGGGUUUUCAGCUCAUGCCACGCUACUCUCUCGCUGCUGCUUGCUGUUGAGUUGGGCACUGAGAAGGAGCAACCGCCGUGCUUCCCCAUCUUUAUGCUCUUUUCCGCCUUUACUGCCAGCGCCACGGUUGCCUAUCUUUCUCUCAAGGGCCUCACACCCAACAAUGCUGUUGAGACGGCUGCCCACAUUGUUACAGAUGGUCUGCGUUUCAUGGCUGACGGCACCGACAACUGGCCUCUUAUGGGCAGCUGGCUGCGGCACCUCACCGUCAUGCAGCGCGUCCUCAACAACGAUGCUGCCGCUGCUUCUGGCCGCCCGGAUUCCAACGCCAACAGCCACAACGGUACCAAAGACGAGGUCUCGUCCAACGCUGACUCUAAUCCCGAGGCCAUGGACUAUGACCAGACCAAUGGUCAACAGCAUGCCACUCCCCGCUCCAUCGGCGAGCACUCUCGUGACGGUAGUGAGCCACCCACCGUCACUAUUCCCCGCCGCCCUGGUGUCACUACUAUCAAUGGUCACUCGAGCGGUGUGGCUACUCCCAACGACGCGACGCCGCCCCCGAGCAGCGUCCCGCAGGCUACCAUGCAUGUCGAGGCCAAGGCACAGAGUCCAGAAGCCCCCUCCAACGGCAGAUCGUCGCAUGGCCCGGAAACCCAGACCACUGCCACCAGCCAGGAUAUGACUGCGCCUGAGCUUUGCGCUGCGUUUGAGCGUCAGCUACUCGACCUUGACGACCUUGCCGCUUUCAUGGGUGGUGGUGUCUAG